AUGGCAGAAGGAGUGUGUAAGACCGAGGAGGAUGAAGGACCAAGUACCGAGGAGGAUUCACAGUCUUUCCACGGGGUCGGCGUGUGUAAGUGGUUCAACGUCCGCAUGGGCUUCGGGUUCCUGUCCAUGACCAACCGAGAGGGAGUGCCACUGGACGAACCGGUUGAUGUAUUCGUCCAUCAGAGCAAGUUGCACAUGGAAGGCUUCCGCAGCCUGAAGGAGGGCGAGGCGGUUGAAUUUACCUUCAAAAAGUCAUCAAAGGGCCUGGAGUCUCAGCGAGUUACAGGACCGGGUGGCAUCCACUGUGUGGGCAGUGAGCGAAGACCCAAAGGCAAGAAGGUCCAGAAGCGACGUUCAAAGGGAGACAGAUGCUACAACUGUGGAGGUUUGGACCACCAUGCCAAAGAGUGCAAGUUACCACCCCAGCCCAAGAAGUGCCAUUUCUGCCAGAGCGUCGACCACAUGGUUGCCAACUGCCCAAUCAAGGCACAACAGUCCUCACCGGGUUCUCAGGGAAAACCAUCCUCCUUGAAAGGAGACGAGGAGGAGCACAGCCACUCGGCACUGCCUCCCGAGACCUCCGAUUAA